CGUUUUCAGGGGAUUAGAUGAGAAACGCGAGGUCCUGCGUUGUCCAUUACAAUCUGUUGAAAGCUUCGGAAAGGAUUCGGUCACAUGCAGUUUGAAAAGCCCAUGUAACAUCAAUAAUUGGGUUGAAUUCUUUGGAAUUGGAAAUAGCGUCAGUUUAACUCUUGAAUUAUUCGACCGUCUUGACAAUUUCGCUCGGCUAAGAUCUUGCGAAAGACCAUCAAAUUAUUUUCUGGCAAAUUCUGUUAAGUUUUUGGGCGACAAGACACAGCGGACGCCAAUAUCGAACUUUCCGCAUGCAGAUCUACAAACAUUUAGAUUUCCAAAUAUCAUUAUCAAUGACAGAUUUGACUUCUGUCAAUUCAACCAGAAUGUUAAAAAUUAUUUGCUAGUUGAGCGAAAAUUCCGAACCGAUUUUUAUUUGACUGGGGAAAAGUUUGGCUGCUUGUCUAACAUCUCGAAGAGCCACAGCCAUAAAAUCAGCUGUGUGCGUGGACUAGUCCCAAUGCCAAAGAGGUCAGGCACGUCAACGGCAGCCGCUAACCUAUCUCAAACUCAGAAAGCCAACUCAAGCUUGAAUAUCACAGCAAACGUUAACUCCUCUAAGCUGCAGACAGCCUCGUCAACUUUGUCUUUGGCCAGCAACAAGAAAAUAAAAACAGAACAUAAAACAGAUUGCAAAAGCUCCUGCACGAUGCGGGAUCCCUCGCUAGUGCACCAUGUAUCCGGUGCAGGAGGAGGACCAGUAGCCAUGGCUGCAUUGAACCUCAGUAACGUGUCACUGCACCCACAGCAGCAGAUGAUUCAUUUACAGCAUGGCGGCAGUAGUCUGGCAUCCGUAGUGCAGCAACAACACCAGCAGCAUCAGUCUAGAUCUAACACUCAUUAUCACCUAAGAGGACAAAAAAGAAACGCAUCUGAUUUCGAAGCAACUUCGACUGCUGUUGUAGCGCCCACUGUGCGCGUCCACGCCAACAAAGUUGCCGCCCAGCCUCCACAGUCAGCGACCAACAACGCAAGCGCAUUGAAUCAUGCAUCCCAAGCUGCGGCGCAAAGCAGCUCAUCGUCCGUGGAUGGUGACUAUACUUUGACUCAGCAUGAAGUGCUAGUGUCCCAAAACAAGGCAAAUUAUGAAGUUCUGGAAUUCCUAGGAAGAGGAACUUUCGGCCAAGUGGUCAAGUGCUGGAAGCGAGGGACUAAAGACAUAGUAGCAAUUAAGAUUCUCAAGAACCACCCCUCAUAUCAACGGCAGGGACAAAUUGAAGUGCAAAUUCUGUCGCGACUCAUGCAGGAAAAUGCCGAAAAAUACAAUUUUGUCAAAGCGUACGAGUUUUUCAACCACAAAAAUCAUACUUGUAUUGUGUUUGAAAUGUUGGAGCAAAAUCUUUAUGACUUUUUGAAGGCCCAGAACUUCAGACCGAUGCCUCUCAGAUAUAUUAGACCAAUCACACAACAAGUUCUGUGCGCUCUGCUGAAGCUGAAACAGCUAGGGUUAAUCCACGCGGAUUUAAAGCCGGAGAACAUCAUGCUGGUCGAACCGGAGCACCAGCCAUUCAAGGUGAAAGUGAUCGACUUUGGGAGCGCUUCGCAUGUCUCGAAAACUGUGCCUGCUACCUAUUUGCAGUCUCGGUACUACAGGGCACCAGAGAUCAUCCUCGGUCUGAAUUAUAAUGAAAGCAUUGACAUGUGGAGUCUGGGCUGUGUAAUAGCGGAACUGUUCCUUGGCUGGCCCUUGUACCCUGGUGCUUCAGAGUACGACCAGAUACGCUACAUCUUGCAGACUCAAGGAACGCCUGAUAACCACUUGCUUAAUAUAGCCCAUAAGACGUGCAAGUUUUUCGUGCGUGACAGCAUGCAAGUGUGGCGUCUGAAAUACCCAGAAGAGAUGUUGAGUGAGUGUGGUGUGAAGUCCAAGGAGGCCAGGAAGUUCAUCUUCAGCUCGCUUGAUGAAAUACAGAAUGUGCGCAUAGCCAGUGCGGCUGCCGGAGAUCUAGCGGGGGGAAAGUGCGGUGACGUAGAUGGAAGUGAGAAAUUGGUGGACAAGUUGGACAGACGCGAGUUUGUGAAACUUCUAAAGACGAUGCUCUCACUCAGUCCAGAGCUCAGAAUAGCACCCGACGCUGCACUCUCCCACUCUUUCAUCUCCAUGGAGCAUCUCCCACAUUCCCAGUUCCCUCACAGCAGAAUAAUUAAGUCCAGUCGGAAGUACAUGGAUAUCUGCUGCAGAGGAGCGUCUGGGUCUGCGGCCCAUGCAAUGGCGGUUGGGGCGGUGGCAUCUCACACAAACUCUGCACCAGUGGUCCAAUUGCAAAAUACGGCAGGAGGCGGACCAACUGGUCUAACACAGACUCAGCAAAACAACGCAGCCCAUAUGGCCGCUAGCUUAGCACAUGUUGCAGCUGCCUCUUCGUUGGCAAAGAAUCUUUUGAUGCCUGGAGCUGGACAGGGUGGCCCUUCUACGCAACCAGGAGGUGCAGCUGGGGUCAGUAGACUCCAGCAGACAGUGAACUCAGUGGGCAUGGCACAGCAAGUGGCGGCCGCAAACAACGCCAACAUCCUUCAUUACAACCCGGUAGCCACGCUGUUACAUAAUAGAGCCGCGUAUAGACCACACGAUUUGGGUGCAUCGGCUCUGAAUCAAAACGCACUGGCUGUGCACGCUGGAGCUCCUUACCAGUCCACGCCUCAUGGGCUCUCCCUAAUUUACCCACAAGUGGCUGCCUACCAAGUGGCCGCUGCAGCCUAUCAACCUCUUACGGCAGCAGCUGCAAUUAACCCCUACUUGAUAGCGGCCACAACUGACCAGCAUCGGGCACAUCAGUUGGCUCUCAACUCAGCCACUGCAGUUCUAAUUCCUCAAGCAGCUGGACCCCAUGGGGCGCCGGGAUCCGCCUGCAUACCUCAUCCUGGACUGGAUCCUGUUCAAGUGGCUGGCUGUCCAGACUCCCUUCUAGCAGCAGCGGCACAAGCAGCAGCCGCCGCAGUCACAGCUCAGCAUCAUCAGCAUCGCCAAUUGCUUAUGGACUACAGUUCAAGACUACAGCAGCAACAACAACAGCAGCACCACCACCAUUCAAACCCUCCUGUUGCUCAUCCUCCUCUUAGCCCAGUGAGAGGUCCCGCUACUGUUGAUUAUCCUGGACUCCCUGGGUCGCACUCUUCAAUAUACGAGCACACCCUGGAAGCAGUGUCCCUAGCCAACUCUCUCAAUACCGCAUUUACGCCCUUGUUUGCGGCAGCCAACUCCUCAAUGAUGCAAAAUGCUGCCGUCUCAGCUAACCUGCUAUCUCUCGGAGGAAGUGGAAAUGGCAGUGGGAGCUCUGGCCAAUCUGUAGCCGCAUCCGUUCUGUCCAAUCACGAUAGCGUUAAUUCAAUGGCAGCUGCCGCGCAGUUACAACUUGUUAAUGGGCAUGCUGGCAACGGUUUCCACACUGGCGCUGGUGUGGUUGGAAGUUCAUCCAAUGCGGCGACAAUGUCUAGCCUCGGAUUAUCUCUGGCAGUGUCGCCCCUUCGAACUUCCUUACAUCAGCAGUUGCCACCUCACUCCUCGUACUGCUACGACGGAUCAGCAGGAGGCGUGAACACAUCCUCAGCCUACUCGCUUCUACCCUCUGCAGUCAACACAUCCCUAGCACCCUCCGGUUCCCUCUCUUUAUUACGUGCACCCGGCUCUAAUUCAGAUCAUCACUCUUUCCUCUCUCCAGUGUCUAUUCGCAACUCGGCUGCAGCCGCUGCGAUUCUGGACAUGAGUUGUGACAGCCGAGCAAACUCACACCUCUCACAACUGGCCAAUUCGUUCAACUCUCGACAGUUAAUCUCGCCCGCCGCAGUGGUAUUGUCUGCUGCAAAUGCCUCGUCCCUUCUGUUGAGGCAGAACUCCCUCGUAGACUCAAGAAUGAUUUCCAGUCCGCUUGUACAUGGCGCUGGUUCGGUGGCUUCAAACGACCAGCUGGGCCAUCGCCCGCACUUGGCAUCGUCCUCGCUGAGCAUGCUACAUGCUCACGCCAAUGGCCCAGGAACAGACCAUCACACAGCUUCUUGCUCUUCUGGGAUUGUGAAGCUAGCCGCAACUAGAAAAAUGUCCAUACCAUCCAUUAAGGUGGAAAGAGACUCGCCGCCAUGCGAACACACGCAGGAAGGCAUCUCAGCCCUAGUAAGUGGGGAGAACGAGUCACCAGGCUCCAACAACAGUAUAAUCACACUUUCCAGUGACGAAGAAGACUCCAAGUUCUGACUCUGAGGACACCAAACUGUAAAAUUGGAUAAAACCUUUAUUGUCAACGUGGUCGUCCUGGUCAACGUUAAAAACACUGAAAAUUGUAGAAUUAAUUUAGCUGUCGACAGAUAGCGCAAUGAAUUGGAUUAUUGAAAGUUGUAAAAAUAUAUAAUAUACAUAUUACACAGGAACAAUUAGAUUCCAUUAUUGAGGCGUUCAUAUAUUUUAAUCACUAAAUUUUGCGAUUUCUUUUAGUUGAUAACGAUUGUAAUGAUUCCGAUGUUAUACCCUUUAUUGUAGAUUUGUUGGAUCAUCACAAAGUUAAUUUUAUUUUCAUUACGUUUAACUCCGAUCUGUGCUAUGGUAACAGCCUUGUCUACUUUAACACACUACUAUUCAAACACGUCAUCUCUUCCCUUUUAUCAGUUUUUCCACUUAUCUUAUGUCAACCAAAUGUUAUUUUGUUGAGCAAGCAUAUUGAGUUAGGUUGUGAAGAAAUGAAUCAAUUGCAAAUGAACACUUUAGAGACAUUUAGGGGAGGAGAUGUUUGGUUCGUGAAUCGUUAUUCUGACUAGUUUUGUCGCUUAUUGCAAUAAUAAUAACCACACCAUUCAGUACUCUUAGGUCUGCGUGAAAUAGAUGUACUUACAUUUUCAAUAUUUCGCCCCAAGAAUUAUUUUAUCUGCAGGAGCGUGCUGUGUGUGAAGUGUUCAGCACGCGAUGAUUUGAACACAAUAGCUUUAAUUUUCAUCUCAUAGUGAUAUGUUUAGUCUGUCGUUAGCUGUAUGUUGCUGUUAUUGAUAGUCCUUAAUACCGACAUCGGUUACUUCUCUUUUCAGGUUGGAGGGCUGUUUUUUCUAUGAGUGGUUGCAGGUUGACGAACUUGGUUUAAAAUACUGGCUAAAUCUAUUAGCGUGCUUGUUCGUUUUUUGUCCCUUUCAAAAUUAUACCGAGUUUUCUUGUUAAUCGACGCCUCGGAAGAUAGAACAUCCCUCGAUCCAAUCAUAGGAUUGUGAUGCCAUACGUUACCAAAUUCUCAUUCUUCAUUUCGAAUUUUUCAUCUAUGUGACUGCUAUGAUAUCAUUCGUUCGUCAGUUCCUUAGUCUCAAAAUAUCGGGUUUCUAAUAUUCGAUCCACUUAGUGAUAUUAUUAUCAUCAAAAUCUAGCCGAUUUCAUUGUUUGAAGUAUUUUAUGGAAAUUUAGAAUAUUGAUAAUGCUUAUUAAGACUUUUGAAGGCUCUUGAUACUCUGAAUUAUCGUAUAUUAUAAAGAAACUUAGCUUUGUAGUUUUAGGUAAGUAUAUGAAUAACCAGCGAGCAUUUUUGAUUACAUCUCUGCAGUUUUUGUUGUAUCAUUACCUUUACCAUAAGUAGCGUCCAUUUGAGAUGUCUUUAUAUUCGAAAGUUUUUACAAAACUUUAUUUUCCUUUCAGUUAAUUGGUGGUGCUUGAUAAAAAUUCAAACGCACAAGAGGUGCCGGUGAAUAAAACAUGUAUUUGGGGGUUGGGGUGUUUUUCUUUUGCGUUUGUGAAAAUUGCCUCUGCUCAAAAGAUGAGAGAAUAUGAAGUAUAUCUGCUGCCGCUGCUAAAUAUAUUCAUGUUUUUGUGGUGUGAUAUUUGAUAUUACCAUUGUUGCGUUCCUUCUAGAGCGUUUCACCGUUUGGUCAUCUAAUCUAGUGCAGAUUGAGUGCUCAUUCUGCAGCCACUCAACUCAGAUUGUUCGCGACAGAAAGAGAAGAUGUGAUUAGGCUGGUUUUCCGGAAGUGCUUGCUUGCCCUGCUCACGUUUAGUCUCCUCAUUUGGACUCUGAUUUGGCAAAUAAAAAAUGAUGAAUAUGUUUAGUUUAGAAUGUAAAACGAUUAAUUGAUUUCUAGUGAUUAGCAAUAGAUUCAGCCGAUGAUAAUAAUCAAUGUAAGUACUUCAUUUCCCUUCUGUGAUUGGUGUAGAUGCAAAAAUACAACUCAACAGAGGAUACUGAUUUGAUAAAUGACAAUAAUAUUACACUUCACUCUUCGUUUCGUUCGUUCGUCGUAUACUCUUAAUCGGUGCUUUCUUUUUUUGCGUAGCAUACUCUCUUUUCCUUCUCUUCUAAUCUUAGUGUUCCUCGCUCGCUUAGCCCGCAAUCAUUUGCCACCAAGUGUGUUUGUCAAUGGAGAGAUGCCACAACCACGCCCAUACACUCUUCGGCUCAAAAUUCCCAUUCCAAAAAAUAAACGGUUUCUACUUCCAUUUAGGUGAGGGAUAUUAUUUGGAAAAAUUGGACUAUUUAGUGUUUUCACAUUUUGAUUUUUAAAAGAAAAUCUUAGUCAGUAUCUUCAGAAAUGAUUUUGCGUCGUUUUGAGAAGUAAACUGGUUGUGGUGUUCGUAUAAACUGUAAACUUUCAAAUGUUGGUAGUUUUCUUCGACAGAAUUUGACACUUUUAUAGUAGCCUUUUCCUCACGUCUGAACUUUAGUGCAUUUGAUUUGAUUUGUUUCCUACUGUUUCCAUUAUUUUUAUGCUAAAUUGCUUCUAAAGCCAUGGGAUUGAAAGAAGAACAGAAGCCAAGAAACGUGAAUGAGUUUUUUGAUAGUAUGUUAUUGACAAUCUAAAUGGUUAUUUCGUAGCUAAGGCUAACUAGUAUAGCAUUCACAGCCACAUCCUAGAUAAAUAUUGCGAGCAUAUAGUUGUUCAUAAAUCCAAAAUGUUUGAAUAGAUUGUUGUAUUCAA